AUGAUGGUCUCAAGAGCCAGCAGCCCAGCCUCAUCUCCUGUGGGGCGGACUGACGGGCGGGGGCCAUACACUGCAGCAGAGGGGAGGCACUCAGGAACACCAGCAGCAGCAGCAGCAGCAGCAGAAGAUGAAGACCUGCAUGCUGCGCUGCUGCGGCUGCCGCAGCACCUGCUGCUGUCUACAGGCAUAAGAGAAGCUGUGCUGCAGCCAGGAGUGGCCCCGGAGUCUUUAGUAAGGAGACACACCACUGCAUGCGACUGCAACAGCAGCAGCAGCAGCAGCAGCAGCAGCAGCAGCGGCAGCCACUGCUGCGCCUGCGGCGUGCUAAAUGGGGAAGCUGCGGCGCGGCGCGCGCUGCAUGGCAGCAAAGCAACACCAGCAGCAGCAGCAGCAGAUCCUGCUGCUCUAAAGGGAAGCAGGGAAAAACACGGGAAGCUCCAAGUGAACGAAAGCAGCAGCAGCAGCAGCAGCAAGAGGCGCUCAAGCAUCUUGCCUAUGAGCCCUGCGGCUGGGGACCGUGGAGCAGCAGCAGCAGCAGUAUCUCCCAAAGCAGCAGCAGCAGCAGCAGCGAAGCAGCCAGCAUGCGUGAGCGCCGUGCUGCAGCAGGAAAGUCUGCUGCAGGUGCUGCUGCAGCAGAUGCUGCUGUCCCCAGAAGCAGCAGCAGCAGCAGCAGAAAGAGAAGCUGGAAACCUCGCCGCCUACUGCGUCUACUGCGCAGGCCAUUUGCUGAUUCCGGGUUUCCUUCGUCUCAAGGAUGAGCUGCUCAUUUUUAAAGAAGCUCCCCCCACCGACGGCGAGGGCCACGCACUGAGCAAAGGGGGGCAGAUUCCCGAGGUGUACAUACACCUCAGAGACAUUCUUGAAUGCGCAUGCGUUAUGGCGCCUCCACUAGAUGAUUUGGUGCCUUCUCCUGCGUUGGCAGCAGCAGCAGAAGCAGCAGCAGCAGCAGCAGCAGCAGCAGCCAGGCGCAGCAACACAACCGCCACCUGCAGCCUGAUGGAUGCAGCAGCAGCAGCAGACCCCCCGUCGUACCUGCAGCUGCUGCUGCGCACCCUGGGGGCGGAACAGCACGUAGACCAGCAGCAGCAGCAGCAGCAGCAGCACCGUCAUCACCACCACUUGCGCAGGAGUGCAAAGGCAGCAGCAGAGCAUGCAACUGCUGCAGCAGAGGAAGCAGCAGCAGCAGCAGCAGGUGCUUCUGCUGCCCCGACGCCUCGCGACUCGGCUGCUGCAGCGGCAGCAGAUGAGAUGCCCUCUGGCUUUGCUGCCGCUGCUGCUGCUGUUGCUGCCGCCUCCGCUGCAGCAGCAGCGGCGACACCAUCGACACCCAGGCAACAGGAGCAACAGCACCAGCAACAAAAGCACCAACAGCAGCACCAGCAGCAGCAGCAGCAACUUAAGCCCUCCCCACAGCGGAGAGGCUCAGUUGGGGAAUGGCUGAAGGCGUGGCGGCACUCAACCCCCAGCGAUGCGUCUCCUUCUCCGCAGCAGCGGCAGCAGCAACAGCAGCAGCAGCAGCACGAGCAGCAGGAAGGGGAGCAGCAGGAACAAGCCCAGCAGCAACAGCAGCAGAAGCUGCUGUCGCCCAACAGGCUGGUGCAGACCCCGCGGACCGAGUGA